GCUGGGCUGAACUGUGUUGGAGAAUAAAGCCCUUAAAAUUAAGGGGUCGCCGUUGGCCGAAUAGCUGGUACGGGCAAUUUCUCUUCUUCUCCAUCGGUCCUGUCGAAGGAAUUUCGGAAUAUCCAUGACUCACGCUCUUCUCCGAAGAUGGAGGCCUCUCUCUGCGUUGAGAGCUGGAGCUCGGAGCUUCCGGUCAGACGCUGCACUGGAGGCCCUAUACAAAGCUUCGGAAGACAAAGUCCCCAACUUAGUGCUUUACAACUACCCCUCUUUCUCUGGAGCUUUCUCGGCUCUCUUCGCCCACCUCUUCCACUCUCGCCUCAAUCUCCCUUGCCUCAUUUUGCCUUUCUCUUCCGUUGAGCCUCUCUGGGUUGAAGAUUUAUACAUAGAGGGGCUUAAGAGAUGCUAUCUGCUUGACUUUCUUGGUCCAAAAGGAUUUGCCAUGAAACUUGCACAGCGGUCAUCAUGCGAGAUCAUAGGUUUUGAUCACCGAAAAUCAGUACUUGCGCAGAUUCCCCCUGCCGAAGAUCAUCCUGAUAACCUCACAUUUCAUAUAGAUUUUGAGAAGAGUAGCUCUCGUGCUGUGUAUGAUUACUUUUCUGAUAAACUUACAGAUAUGAAAUUUACUAAUGGGUUGGUUGCAAGUUUGUUAGACCCAAAAGACCAAGAUCGCGUGGAAAUAAUUCUCAAGCUUAUUGAGGAUGGAGAUCUUCGCCGAUGGAGCUUAGCAGAUAUUAGGGCAUUUAAUAUUGGACUUAGGGAAUGGCGCUCAAGGUUGAACUGCAUCACUAAUCCAUACGUGUAUGAACAGUUACUGGAGUUAAGUUCCAAUGAUCUAAUUACUAAGGGAAAUUCCUAUAUUUCCUCUCUCCACACUGCUGCACAUAAAUCGCUGGGUAAUAUUUUCAAAGUUCGAUUGGGCAGGGGAUUAUACGGAGUGUGUCUGGGAGUUAAAGUGGAUCAGAAUUCCAACUUAAUUGAUGAAAUUGGCAAGCAACUUAGCAUAAAAAGUGCUGCAGCUGGUCUAAGGCCUAUAGGAGCUAUUGUUUACAUGCAACGAAAGAAUCUUAAGAUGUGCUUGAGGAGUACUGACAUUGACAUUGAUACCUCUGAAGUUGCAAAGGCAUAUGGUGGAGGAGGUUCCCCAAGUUCUAGCUCCUUCAUUAUUCGGAUGGAUGAGUAUAACCAGUGGCUUUCGUGAACUCGUCAUGAGCAUAUCAAGCACGACACCGCGGUAGCUUCUCUCCAGCACGACAAGCAAUAACACGGUAAAAUUCGAAACCCUAGCCUUGAUUUUACUCUUGAUUUUAUUGUUUGGAUUUGAUUUUGUUGAUGUUUUUUGGGUUUGAUUUUGUUUCCAGCAAGAGUUUUUCAAUUUCUAGUUUUGAUUUUAACACCAUAGGGCUCAAUUUCAUAUUUGUUUCCUAGUUUUGCUGCUUGUAUACAUGUAAUUAAAAUUUCAUUGGCUUCUGUAAACUGCUGUUAGUGUUGGUGUUUGCUCUGGAAACUGCUGUAAAUUUCAUUUUCGUGUGUUAGUUUGUAUAACUUGAAGAAUGCUCUGUAAAUUGGAGAUGGUGCAUGAUUCCUCAUUACUCUGAAAAGUAGAAGAAAAAAGUUGGGGGAAAAAGUGCUCUCGGCAAAAGCACUUUUUGGAUUGCAUAUUACAGAUAUUGAACAUUUGUAUAACUUGAAGAAGUUCAGAUUACCACCAGCCAUGUAAUUAGAGGUUACCAUGAUUUGGAUUGCAAGCAGACUCCAAUUGAAGGAUAAAAGCUAAUCCCACUCUUUGAAUAAAAAUAACUCGACUAUUUUUAAUUUUUUUGGUGAACAAUACCUACUUUUAAAUCUAAAUAAACAGAAUUGUGUGAAUACUGCUUCUGGUAACAAAGUUUCAAGACAUGCCAUUCUGGUAACAAAGUUUCAAGAAUUGUUUAAAUCUAUAUAGUUAGGGGCAAGAAAUUUUCCUUCAAUUUUUUGUGUUAUUCCCAAUAGGUAAGAAUUUAAAAGCAUAAUGAAAACAUUCAGAUAUGCUCCUGUAAUAUAUUCAUAAUGAAAACAUGAACUAUUCUCAUGAUGUGAAAUAGGUAGCACUUGUAAUGUUGGGUAACUUUUUCAGAUAUGCUCCAUUCAUCUCAAUACAAAAUGAAAUUUUUUAAAGGAAGUAUUGUCUUUAAGCAAUGCAAUAUUAGACCUGCUUGCAUGAGAUUAUGUGUGAAUACUUGAGAUUGUGGCUGCUAUUUCAGUAGCACUGUUAUGAUAAGGAGAAAAUGAAGAUCGAUAUGGAGAUAAUGAAGAUGGAUCUUGCUGGCAUGAAUGGAAUGCAGCAAGAGUAUUUAUUGAAUCUUCAAAAAGAGGUUUUCGAGAAAUCAAGGAAGCGAUUUUCAUCUCCAUCUCUAUCUUAACCUUUUGAAGAUGUGUAGCCUUUUGUUGGUGUAAUGAUUUGGGUUGUUUUUAUUUUGUGGUUGAUUUGUUUUGGGAUUGUAGCCUAUGCUAUUUUGUGAUUUUUUGUUAUUUUGGAUCACAAAUAUGGGUGUUUGUGAAUGUGGGCAGCAACUAUAUAUGAAUGUUGUACUGUGGACAAUGAUGAAACUUUUAUAUUUGGAUAUUGAUAUGGUAUAAAUUGUUCUUCA